GCUUUCGUCGCAAACCGAGAUUACAUUGGGACCGCCGCCCACCGUGUGGCUCCGAAAGCAUCGUUGGUAGUUUAUUUGCAAAACCGACGUGCUCAGAAGUGGAAGCUACGGUUGCUAUUCAAACGGAGCAAUCAACUCUUGGGAGACACCGACACUGCUGACCUUUCAAACUGGAGCAAAACAAAAUUAUAACAACGUAAACAAAAUGCCUCAACAGGAGUCAAACUCACAACAAACAUUUCUGGGCUUUGAUUUGAGCACACAAAAGCUCAAGGCGAUUCUGCUAAGCUCCGAACUGAAUGUUGUUGCCUCGGCCGAGGUAAAGUUCGACAGUGAUUUACCAGAGUUUCGAACUACGGGAGGCGCCCAUGCAGGUCUCAAUAAAUUCGAGUUCUUUGUUCAGCCUGUAAUGUGGGUAAAGGCAAUGGACAUCGUAUUGGAUCGACUGGUGAUGCAGGAAGUGGAUCUGGGAACUGUCGUUGCCAUUAGCGGCUCUGCGCAACAACAUGGUUCCGUGUACUGGUCUAAACACGGAAUUGCGGCCUUACAGUCGCUCGAUUCCAAUAAGUUCCUGCAUGCGCAGGUGGACGAUUCGGCUUUUGUGGUGAAUCGCACGCCCAUUUGGAUGGACGCAUCCACAUCGAAGCAAUGCCUAGAAAUGGAAACGGCCAUUGGUGGAAUGACAAAAAUGGUUCAAUUGACUGGGUCCAAGUGCUAUGAACGCUUUACGGGACCACAAAUACGAAAAAUCUAUCAGCAACGCACCCACGCCUACGAGGACGCGCAACGAAUCUCAUUGGUUAGCAGUUUUCUAGCUUCGCUGUUUCUUGGCAAAGUGGCGCCCAUCGAUUAUGCCGAUGGAUCGGGCAUGAAUCUGCUAGAUAUUCGCAAUAAAACAUGGUCAAAGGCUUGUCUCAAUGCUUGUGCUCCCGACCUGGAAGAUCGCUUGGGUAAACCAGUCAGUGGCUUCACAGUUCUCGGCAAUGUAUCCGAGUAUUUUGUGCAACGCUUUUGCUUUUCACCCACAUGCCAAGUCAUUGCCUGCACCGGCGAUAAUCCAUCAGCUCUUGCUGGCAUGAUCGUGGACAAAAACUGGCUCAGUGUCUCGCUGGGCACCAGCGACACGCUAAUGAUGAGUCUCCAAGAGCCCCCAAAUCUGGAACAGGGUCAUGUUCUGUGCCAUCCAACUGAAAUUGAACAAUAUAUGGGUCUACUUUGUUUUAGAAAUGGCUCCUUAGUGCGGGAAGCAAUUAAAAAAUCCGAAGCCCACGGCAACUGGCAGAAGUUCAAUGAGUUGCUAGAGUCGACGCCCCGGGGAAAUUUUGGAAAUAUGGCUCUACAUUUCGAUGAAAUGGAAAUUAUACCCAAGGCAAGGGGAACGCUCCGAUGGAACAAAGACAUGGAAGUCAGUUCUCCAGAUGCCAAAAAGGGUGUAAUCAAAUUUAGCUCGCCUCAAAUUGAGAUUCGUGCCUUGAUUGAGGGACAAAUGCUGCAUCAUCGCGCCAUUGCAGAGGACAUGGGCUUUCUCUUUAGUAGUGAGUCGAAAAUCCUUGCCACAGGCGGUGCCUCGGUCAACAAAUCCAUUCUACAAGUGAUUGCUGACGUGUUCAAUGCACCCGUCUACCAACAGACUGAGAGUGAGGCUGCACUCAUGGGCGCGGCCUAUCGAGCUGCGUAUGCGUGCUAUAUUAAUGAGAAUAAGUCAGAAGAUAUUAAGAGCUAUCGCGACUACAUCCUAAGUCUGACGCCAAACCUUCUAAAUCUCGUUUGCGAGCCGAAUAAGGAUAGCGACUCCAUAUAUGUCCCCAUGCUGCAACGAUAUCGGGACAUGGCGUCAAUCUUAGAAAGCCAAUAAACACAAUCAGCAAAUGUCUGAAGCCCUCCGUCAUAUUACUUUCGCAUUCCUCAAAUGUACAAUUAAUGAACAUUCUAAUCCUGUUACUGCAUUCCACACUCACAUUUUUAUACACAGAUUAUUAUUAUGUAACUCUAAAGUGCAAUUAACAAAAUUACGCUGUGA